AUGCUACUGAGCGGAGCUCCUCCUACGGGCUCCGGCCCCGGGCCGCGGGCGCAGGGCAGCGCGGGGGGCGGCCCCGGGGGAUCUCGCCGCGGGGCUGGGGGUGCGGGGACCGGCCCAGGAGGGGGAGGCAGUGGCGGAGUCGCAAAGUGGCUGCGGGAGCACCUGGGCUUCCGCGGGGGCGGCGGCGGAGGGGGCGCCAAACCCGCCCCCCCAGAGCCCGACUACCGCCCCCCAGCGCCCUGCCCGGCCGCGCCCCCUGCGCCGCCCCCGGACAUCCUGGCCGCCUACCGGCUGCAGCGAGACCGCGACUUCGAGGACCCCUACUCCGGGGGCUCGUCUGCGUCCGCCGCCCUUUCCACCCCAGCCGUCCCUGGCCCCACUCCGCCCCCGCGCCAUGGCUCACCCCCGCACCGCCUCAUUCGGGUCGAGACCCCCGGCCCCCCAGCGCCCCCUCCGGACUCCGGACCCCCUGCCAGCAGCGACAGGUUGGCAAUCCUAGAGGACUAUGCGGACCCAUUUGAUGUUCAGGAGACUGGUGAAGGCUCAGGAGGAACUUCAGGAGUUCCAGAGAAGGUCCCUGAGAAUGAUGGCUACAUGGAGCCCUAUGAGGCCCAAAAGAUGAUGGCUGAGAUCCGGGGUUCUAAGGAGACAGCAGGUCAACCCCUACCUCUCUAUGACACACCCUAUGAGCCAGAAGAUGAGGGGGCCAGCCCGGAAGGUGAGGGGACGCCCUGGCCCAGGGAGUCCCGCCUGCCUGAGGAUGACGAGAGGCCUCCGGAAGAGUAUGACCAGCCCUGGGAGUGGAAGAAGGAACGGAUUUCCAAAGCCUUUGCUGCCCAGUUUGAAGGAUCGGAGAAGAAUUGCCUGUCACCUGGCCGGGAGGAGAAGGGGCGGCUACCUCCCAGGCUAUCUGCUGGGAACCCCAAGUCAGCCAAGCCUCUAGGCAUGGAACCCAGCAGUCCCCUUGGGGAGUGGACAGAUCCAGCACUGCCUCUGGAAAACCAGGUCUGGUACCACGGGGCCAUCAGCCGAACAGAUGCCGAGAACCUGCUGAGGCUGUGCAAAGAGGCCAGCUACCUGGUGCGCAACAGUGAGACCAGCAAGAAUGACUUCUCUCUCUCCCUCAAGAGCAGUCAAGGCUUCAUGCAUAUGAAGCUGUCCAGGACCAAGGAACACAAGUAUGUCUUGGGCCAGAACAGCCCACCCUUCAGCAGUGUCCCUGAAAUCGUGCACCACUAUGCCAGCCGCAAGCUGCCCAUUAAGGGAGCGGAACACAUGUCCCUGCUCUACCCUGUGGCCAUCCGGACUCUGUAGAUGUGAGACCUGGACCCAGCCCUUGUCGCCUGCACGAGGGCUCCGGUUCUUACCAAGGACAUGCUAGAAACCUGGCUUCCCCUUGUCCUAGGAUCUAAUAGGCGCUGAAGAUUUCUUAAUUUAUUAUAAAGGGGAGGGAAUCUUGGGCCUUGGAAUAAAGGGACUGUAUGGAGCUGGGAACAGAGGAAAGCCUGAGGAGGAAGGGGGUCUCCCAGCCCUAGUGAGACACUAGGGAGGAAGUGGCGACCUCCCGCACCACCCACCCUCCGCCUCCUCCCCUCUUCCCGUCCCCCACCCCCAGCCCCUGUCCCCAGCGGGCUCGCCCGCCCGGGCUCCCGGCCAAAGGCUUGGCCAAGGAGAACCGCGGCCGCCGGCGCCGCCCAGGGGUUGGCGGGAGGGGGCGGGGAACGAGCCAGACUAUAAAUCAGCGCUGGAGCCAAUGCCGGCUGCCUACGAAAAGUA